UUUUCAAUCUUUCUUUUUCUUUUCAUUAUUAAAUACCAGCAGAACGUCCCGUCCACAAUUUUUGUUUUUUUAAUUUUUCCUUUCCCUUUGGCAAGGAUUGUCAAUCCUUUGUCCCGCUCUAUAGCUCGUUUCUCUUUCUCCGCGCCAUCAGAUCAUCUAGAAAGGGUUUUUUUUUUUCAAAAUACAAUGGAUACCAACAACUGGAGGCCUAAUGCUUCUAACGGAGAGCCCACCAUGGACACGGCUGAUUGGAGAACCCAUUUACAGCCUGAUUCACGGCAAAGAAUUGUCAACAAGAUCUUGGGAAAACCAUAUCAAUCUGUGCCAUGGAAUUUGCUUUGCUUUUCCCUUAGCCAGUGUCAAUUAUUUCCAGUUCUGAAUGAGCCAAAAGUGGAAGGUAUCCCAUGAGUCUUUCACCCCUUCCUUUGGGUACAACUUAUCAAAAAGGGCCAUUUGGAUUUGCACAAGCUCAGGAGAUCAAUUGGAACCUGCUAGGUGAGGUACCAUCAAAGAGGGGAUGCAAAAGCACACCUGCAUCUUUCACCCAUGAGGGUGUUGAAAACUUUAUCAUGAAUAUUCCCAGUUUCCCAUGAAAAACAACCAUCUUUAAAGAGAGACAAAAAAAAAAAAGAGAGAGACAGAGAGAGAAGAAAAUAAGAAAUAAAUGAAGACAAUCUGUUGGGAUUUGAUCACCUGCAUCCUCUACUCCUAAAUAUACCAAAUGCAAACUGGAAGGAGACCAAAUCAAGUCAUCAUUGUUCA